AUGGAAGAUAAGGGUACAGAGAAGGAGAUGAACAAAAAUUUCGGAAGCGAAGUCAAACUACAAGAUAUAUUUGAGUUGAUAUCUGGUAUGAGCAAGAAGAUGGACAAAUUGGAUAUCAUCCAAGAAAAUAUGGAAAAUAUACAGACGGAAUUGAAAGAAGUAAGAAAAUCUAUUGAAUACGCUCAUAGCGAAAUAGACGAUUUGAAGAAGGAAAAUGAGAAAAAAGCGCAAGUUCAGAGAGAAACACCAAACGCAUCAACAAACUUGAAGCCGACAACAUAA